GAUUUAAUGUUAUCUUGUCUUGAUCAGGGGAGGGGAUUCUAUCCCACCUGGUGGUAUGCUUAAUUUUUUUGACUAAGAAUACACCUAGGCAUGAUCAUGCACAGCAUGUGAGUAGUGGCAAUUCAGCACAGCCCAUCAGUGUUGGUGAUGGCACCAAUGGUUCUGAUUGUCCUAGGAUGGGGAAAACUAUACCAGUACCCCAAACCGAGAAGCAUAAGGUUUUUGCCAGGCAGCAAGAAGGGGUAAGGAAAGAUGUGGAGCGUGCUUUUGGAGUACUGCAGUCACGUUUUACCAUUGUUUGUCGGCCAGCACGGCUGUGGAAGGGCAAGAGUGUUGGGAGGGUCAUGUUAGCCUGUGUGAUUCUCCACAAUAUGAUAGUGGAAGAUGAGAAAGAAGAGGCGACCAUCCAUACUGACUUAAAUGAGAUUCCAGGGGCAUCAUGUGCUCUACCUCCCGAAGUGAAUGUUGGUGGCAAUUUGUGCUUCACUGAUGUGCUGCGUAGAAAAGCUACUCUCCAUUCUCGUCCGCAGCAUAUCCAACUGAAAAAUGAUCUCAUCGAGCACAUAUGGCAAAGGUUUAAUUUAGAAACAGCCAUCAUAAUUAAUCAUGGACUUCUUCACGGCGUGACAAUUGCUGCUUGUGCUACUUGCAGUGCUGCUCCUGACUGGAUGGAAAUGAUUUGGCUGCUCUGCUCUACUGAGGAUCCAGCCUUUAUGGUGCCUUUGUUGUCGUUUAGUCGUCGUUUAGAUCAUUAAUCAGUGGCUUGUAUGCCGGAAACCUUUUUGGCUUAAUGUUUUAUUCACAAAACUUCUGUAAUGCUUAAAUAUUGGUGUCAUGGUACCAUAUGCCAUCAGGUUAUGUGUGCACUGUUUGUUUCAACAUAACCUGUUAUCAAGAAGUUUAACAAAGUAUGCUUUUGGUAUGGCUA